GCUAACUUAAGUUGCUGACCAAGUAUACAUUUUGACUGACCAAAUAUAUAUUUUUGUUUAUCAAAAUAGGAAUAUUUUGUAGAUCGAUUAAAUUACACCCAUUACCAUGUAGUGGCCGAUAACUAUAGCAGUCCCUAAUUUGUGGAAAACUUUAUCAAGGUGUAAUUUUUCAUCUUCAUUUUACAAAGUUUUAUAUUACAUUGUUUCAUUUAAAUGAAUAGGUACGGAAAUCAAACGGAAGCCGAACAUUAUAUUAAAUACAUUAUACAAGUACGCAUGCUACUUGUAUGUACCAUGAAAAUGACAUCUAUGCUCAUCCACUUAGAGUCCAUUACAGAUCCAUUUAUUAUCUGGGUAACAUAAAUAAAAAUACUCUUUAUUAUACACCCAUAACAUAAUAUAGUGGUUAAACGACAGAUAGAUAAUCAUAGAGAUUUAGAAGAAAAAAAAUAUUUUUGCAAUAAAAUGGCAUGAUGGAGACGAAUGGUCAUUGUUUUCGCAAUGGCGCUGUGCUGGAUGGUUUUGGCGCUGGUCCUGGCUGCUGGAGAGAUGGAGGCGGCAUCGGAACACUCCAUAACCAUGAGUAAUGUCAACGCGCAUUAUGGGAAGACGCUGGAGAUGUGUCGGGAGGAGGCUCAAAUAUCUCCCGAGGUCAUGCAAGAAUGGCAUCACAUCUGGGAUGAUGACUUCGAGGUAGUACAGAGAGAGAUCGGCUGCGCCAUCAUCUGUAUGUCCCACAAGUUCUCCUUACUGCAGGAUGAUAAUCGAAUGCAUCAUGAAAGCAUGUUUGAUUAUAUCAGAAGUUUCGAUAAUGGUGACGUUCUGUCAGCAACCGUAGUAGAACUAUUCCAUAACUGCGAGAAGCAAUACGAGGACAUCGAAGACGACUGCAGCCGUGUAACCAAGGUCAUGGCCUGCUUCAAGGUUGACGCCAAGAAGGCUGGCAUCGCGCCCGAGGUGGCCAUGAUUGAAGCUGUGCUGGAGAAAUAUUGAAACCCGAUGGCAGAAUUUGGAAAUCGCAACGAUACAGGAUUGACGUGUUUUAGCCACUUCCGAUAUUUUUGUCUGUAAUACCUACAUAAGUGAAUAUAUGAACGAAUAAAUUAUAACCUAGUUUUGUUGCAUCGAUAAUAAUUGAUUUUGAUUACUUGUGUUUAACUACUAACCAUUAAAAUUUGCCGUUACAGUGAAAUUUAUUGUUUUAUUUUUAAUGAAUGACUAUGCAUACUUUGCGGAAAUCCAGAUGCUGGAGAUGUUGACGGUUUCAGUUGUCGGACGUCAGACCGUCAACUUCUCCAGCAUCUCCUGAGGAUGCCUCGUAGAGAGACAAAACACGUGUCGAGUUUUGUGCUUUUCGUGGUGGGUUGUUAUAUUUAUUUGCGUAUUUAGUUUUGAGGUGGAACGGUGGGAACAUUCAUUGCAUGUAAAAAUACGCAAGUAAGUAUAACAGGUUAGCACUGAUUCACUAGCACGUUUUCUUUCCCAGAAUUACAAAAGUAAUAUUUUUUGUAUUAAUUCAUUGUUUUUUUGUUAUUCGAAGUAUCCUAUCCGCAAUUUAAAUAAGUAUUAUAUAUAUUAGAUAUCUGUCUACAAUAUUGAACUAAGUUUUGGGAACAGUGUGCUUUAUGAUUAUAAAUUUAAUCAUCUUCCCAGUGGGUAAAGUAAAAUGCCAAUAUUAUCACAGCAAAUAUUUUCAAUAAUGUUGUAAUUCUUCAAACUAACAUACAUAUAUGCUGCAAAUUUUAAUAACUUCGCACAUUUUUUUCUCAAUUCUUUGGCUAGUAUAGUUUUUUUAAUUUUAUUGGUUAAUAUACCUAUGCUUGUAAAGAUCGUGCAGGAAGACCUAAGGAUUCAGAACACAUCCUGAUUUGUUUUGAGGUUUUGAGUAUAAAACCCCAAUUAAUAAAAAUAAGCUUUUUACAAACAUAUUGAACAUUUCUACGAGUAAAGGACCUGCGAUCCUCGUAUAAUACUGUAGUUUUAAUAAAGUCAAUGUCAUUAGGUUUUAUUAUUAAGCUAUCUAGAGUAUAUUUUAGAAUUGAAAUUAAAAGCCGCUCAAGUGGACGUAAAUUGGUUUUAAUCACACAAUCGUACUUCCUGCCUUACGCUCCCACUUCUUUAAAUGUAAAUCUUGUUUUCUAAAUAUACCGUUAAACUGAAUAAAA